GUCCCUGUGAACACGCAAAACCUAGAAAAAACUGUGGCAUCCGAGUCUUGCUCUUCGUCUUCCCUUUCCAUCACCACUCACCAGAGGCCUCUUUUCUUCUUCCUUCUUUUGCGUUACAACCCCCCAAACUGUGUUCACUGCACCCAUGGCUGCAACACCACCUAAUCUCUCUACUCUCUCUUCUUCCUCCCUUUCCAAACCCUGCGCUUUCCCUCUUCCUCUCAACAACAACAACAACAACACUCGCCUCUUCAACAAAACCCUUCCAAAACCCACAUUCCUCCUCUCCCCCACUCUCUCACGCGCCGUCCCCGACACCCACAAAACCCCCUUCGUGGUUUCCGAGGUUGUCUCUGCAGGCCCUGUCCCGUACGAGGAUGACGAGAAGCCGCGCGAGGAGUGCGGUGUUGUGGGCAUAUACGGUGACCCAGAGGCCUCUCGUCUCUGUUUCUUGGCCCUUCACGCGCUCCAGCACCGUGGCCAGGAAGGUGCCGGAAUCGUUACCGUCAAUAACAACGUCCUUCAAUCGAUAACCGGUGUUGGGCUUGUUUCCGAUGUGUUCAAAGACGAGUCCAAGCUUGACCAGUUACCUGGUAAUUUGGCUAUUGGGCAUGUUCGUUACUCAACCGCAGGCCAAUCCAUGCUCAAGAAUGUGCAGCCUUUCGUUGCUGGGUAUCGUUUUGGCUCUGUUGGGGUUGCUCAUAAUGGCAAUUUGGUGAACUAUGGCACCUUAAGGGCCAAGCUUGAAGAGAAUGGAUCCAUUUUUAACACCACUUCUGAUACUGAGGUUGUUCUUCACCUUAUUGCCACCUCAAAGCAUAGACCUUUCAUAUUGAGGAUUGUUGAUGCCUGUGAAAAGCUUGAAGGGGCUUAUUCUAUGGUGUUUGUUACUGAGGAUAAGCUUGUUGCGGUGAGGGAUCCCUUUGGAUUUCGACCUUUGGUUAUGGGAAGGAGAAGUAAUGGUGCUGUUGUUUUUGCCUCUGAGACUUGUGCUCUUGAUUUGAUUGAAGCCACUUAUGAGAGGGAGGUGUACCCGGGUGAGGUUUUGGUGGUGGACAAGAAUGGCCUUCAAUCCCUUUGUCUCAUGUCUCAUCCACAGCCAAAGCAGUGUAUUUUUGAGCAUAUAUACUUUGCACUGCCCAAUUCAGUGGUUUUUGGGAGGUCGGUGUAUGAAUCUCGCAGGCAAUUUGGGGAGAUAUUGGCCACUGAGAGCCCAGUGGAUUGUGAUGUUGUUAUUGCUGUUCCAGAUUCUGGUGUGGUGGCUGCGCUUGGUUAUGCUGCCAAAGCUGGGGUUCCCUUUCAGCAGGGUCUGAUCAGGUCACACUAUGUGGGGAGGACUUUCAUUGAGCCAUCUCAGAAGAUUAGGGACUUUGGGGUGAAGUUGAAGCUCUCACCUGUCCGUGCUGUGAUUGAAGGUAAGAGGGUUGUGGUUGUGGAUGAUUCAAUUGUGAGGGGAACUACAUCAUCUAAGAUUGUAAGGUUACUGAAGGAGGCUGGUGCCAAGGAAGUUCACAUGAGGAUUGCAAGCCCUCCAAUUAUUGGGUCAUGUUAUUAUGGGGUGGACACACCAAGCUCGGAGGAGUUGAUAUCUAAUAGAAUGAGUUUGGAGGAAAUAAGGGAGUUUAUUGGAUCAGAUUCACUUGCUUUUCUGUCAAUUGAUAGCUUGCAGAGGCUUUUGGGUAAUGACAGUCCUAACUUCUGUUAUGCUUGUUUCUCUGGGAAAUACCCUGUUGAGCCCAGAGAACUUAAAGUGAAGAGGGUUGGUGACUUCGUGGAUGAUGGCUUAAAUGGGAGUUUAGAAUCUAUUGAUGGGGGUUGGGUUCAAGCAAACCGAAAUCUGAAAGAGGUGAAGGUUGCUACUAGUCUCUGACAAUUCUCCUAUUUGUGAUUUUGGAGUACUUGGGAUUUACAUUUGCAUAAUUAAAGGGAACCACCUAUAUAUAUAUGUCAUAUGAUGCGGUGAGGGAUAAUGUCAAACGAUCUAACUACUGUGGUGUGCUCCAUUAAUUCACUUGGUUUCUGAAGGCCAAUGCUUCAUAUUUAGUUUUGUUCGUAUCUUCAGAUCUGAUAUUUGGAGCUUUUGUUAUUUAGAACUUGGAACCGUGGUAUAAGAAGUAAGAACUUCGAUGUUUUUCUUUUCCUUUUUUUUUUUUAAUAUAGAGUUUUCUUCAAAAACAUCUUAUUCCUACACCUUUGCAUUUUUAUUUUUAUUUUUAUGUUUCAUCUCC